AUGUCCAUAUCUCCCUCUGUUGCGCUGGAAAGCGAGCUUGUACGGCUGUCCGGGCUCAUGGUAUCCAGAACGACCUCGCCGCGCGCGAAAGCUAGGCUUCGACAUCGGAUCGCCGAGCUUGCCACUCAACCUGGUCUUUUCCAGUUCCUUGAAAGGGAUCCAGCAGAAAUCAAUGCGGCAGAUUGGGUCCCAAACUCUCCUACUGUCUUGGCAGUCACGGCUUGCUUUCUGGCGAUCACCGCCGUAACCACCAAUCUCGACCCUUCCGAGCCGUCCGUGUCAGCCUUUGAGGUUACACAAGGCUACGAAUGUGCCUUCGCAUUUUGGCCGCGCGCUUUCGCUUGGAUACCAUACAUGCAUCCCGCCUACGGCACUCUUCCGUAUCAUCCAGUCCAUCAUGCACCCCUCAUCAACGCUCUCCACACGAUGUAUUACUAUGGAAGGUGUGCUGGGAUCUUCCGGGAACGGGCUGCCACGUUGUUCGGAUACAUGGCCUCCUUAUGGUGUUUCCUGGUCUUCCACCCGAAAGCUGACGCUCCCUGUGGCGAAGACACCCACCAUCCCUCGGAAGUGCUGGCGUCUUGCGUCCUGGAUAUGCUACAGGCGAAACCUAUGCCGCUGCCUGGAUACCCAGAGAUGUCAGUGCUCAGAUCUGCGGUUAAGGCUGAGCUGGUUCUCGUGUUGCGACAGGAUCCGCGUCGCAUCUUCGCACAGCUUCUCCGCGUCACCUUCACACUUCUCACUCGCGCGUGCGCGACCGCGCCCCCCGACUUCGAAGCCGUCAAGAUCCACAUAUCCGUAAUCGUGCUGCUGGCAAGGGACGUGUUCACCCCGAUGCGGCAUUCCCGAAAGAGCGUCAUGCUUGCCGUAGAUCUUGUACGCUCAGCGCCUUCCUCUGAAGUCAUGGAAGUCGUAUGCGACCUCGUCCUUGCUAUCUGGAGCGCAGAACCUGAGGACCGCACCUUGCGGUGGGCUUUGCAGUGCGGUAUCAUGCACGCCCUAAAGCGCGAUGGUGCUGUCGGAAUGGCGAAGCAGGCACGCGCGGAAGCCUUACAGUACAUCUUCCAACGCACCACGUCUCGUCGUGUGCUGAGGGUGCUUCAACAGCUUGGGGAAGCAGCGGACUUAGCAGCAUACGAGGCAUUCAUUCAUGGGGUCGAAGGGACGAUACGACGCCGCACAGAACUACUACGCAAGACGUGCAUUCAAUCCCGGUGCGCGAUGAAGUCGAGGAUGGAUUGGAAGGAGCAUAAGCUCUUCUGCCUGUGGCGCUGGUCUGGCCUUCUCGUCGAUGAUCAUAUUGUUUGUGGCAAAUCAGCUGCCGACGUCGGUUUUGUGUUACUCCAAACCAUGGACUACAUCUCGUCGCAGAACGGUCACAGCCUGCUCCGGGAGCUGGCUUACACGGCUGAAGAGCAUGCAGAUCAAGGUGGCGAACUGUUGGUCAAAGUUUUCUUGGACCGUAGUCCGCCUGAACAUGUGGUGGUCCGAAAGCGCGUUCUGGGCACCUCCAAAGAGACCGUAUUGGACCUGAGAGUGAGCGCAUUCCUUCGCGUACACAGGACGAUAACCUGGCAGCCGUACUCGCUCCAGCAGUUCGUCGCUGCGAUACAAGCUGUUAGCACUUAUAGGAUGACAACCGAUAUUGACGAAUACCGAAGCAAAGUAGAUGAAUUGUAG